AACAGUGCAGAGCCUGCUUGGGAUUCUCGGUCUCCUCUCUCGGCCUCUCUCUCUCCCUCUCAAAAUAAACAAAAAACUAAAAAUAGAUCAAAAAAAUAAUAAAAGUGCUGCUUUCUAGCAUGCAGGAUAGAGGGCUCAAUUCAGUUCUACCUAGCUUUUACUUCAGUUAUUUAUUGAUUCCCCAAAUGUUUCUCGAUAACCUGUUUCUUGGCAGGCAGGAUCCUUGAUGUUGGGUCUCCAGCAAUGAAGAAAAAUGACAAAGCUCUCUGCCUUCAUAAAGCUUACAGUCUGGCCGAGGAGUGAAUUUAUCACUGCAAAAAAUAAAAGUUGUGGUAUGUGACAGAGUGAAAGGUACUAAGGAGAAGAAUAAAGCAGGGAACGAGUGAGGAGAGUGUGCGGAGGGCAAUUAGUUAGUGACGGAAAACACUUGAGCUGAGAGCCAAGGGAGGUGAGAGAACGCCCUGUGACUAUCAGGGGGACAUUUUGGGCAGAGAGAAGAAUGAGCACAAGAUCCUGGAGCAGGCACGAGUCUGGCAUUUAAGGAACGGCAAGGAGACAAGUGGACCUGGGGAGAGAGGAGCGAAGGGGUGGGCUCCAGGGCUCGAAUUCCAUCCCUGACACUGGAUGGUGUAGGUAAACCCUCCGAACUUCCAUCCUGCCUGCGUGUAAUAAUCGUACUUAUUUCCUAGGGCUGGGUGAGGUUUAAUCACACACACGGAGUGUUUCAUACGGUGCCUGCCUCAUAGGAAAUGCUCACACGUGUUUGAUGUGAUCAUUAUUGCUUACAGGUUAAGAAGGCAGGCUCGUAGUCUCAGUUCCACCAGCUCACCAUUUACCGGCCACGUGACUUUGAGCGAAGUAUCGAACUCUCUGUGCCUCGGUUUUCUCAUCUCUAAAAUGAGGUUAAUAACAGAGCCUCCCUCGUGGAGUUGGUAUGAGGAUUACAUGUGCUAAUAAUAUCUGUGAAGGAAGUAGAACAGCGCCUGGGAACUAGUAAGGGCUCCAUAAAGUUAGCAAUGAUUGUGAUCAUUAAUGGUGUCCUGAUAUGUUCCAGAUCAGUAAAGGAAUAGACUAAAGUCUUUUUGACGUCGGUCUUUUGGGAAAGGGGACUUGUGGACUUGGGCAGAGCCCAGGGUCUUGAGGAGUCAGAAGGAUUUUUUUUUCCCCUUCCUCCUCUAGAAAACAUUAGCCAGGGCUGGAAGGAGGAGGAUGAAAAUAGAAAGAAUAGGAGACACAGAGAGAGAACAAGAAGGAGGAGAGCUAUGGGUUUCAAGAAAGAGGGUACCAGACGCCCAGAACUGCCGUUGGGCAAAAUGGCUACCUGGUAAAUGUAGGCAGAUGUGACCAGCCCCAGCCUCGAAUAAACGUGCCUGUAUUCUAAGGCUGGCACCCUGACCAAAUAGACUGCAACGACGAAUGGCCCAGGAAGUCACAUUUGUUGGGACUAUGUAUUAGUUAUCUAUUGCUGUGUGAGAAGUUACCCCAAGCUUUGUGCUUUCAAAUACGAUUUUUUAUCACAUAGUUUCUACAGGUCAGAAAUAUGGACAAUGCUGAGCUGGUUUCUCUGCUUGUGGGUGUUCAAAGGCUGGAAUCAAAGGGCUGACUGGGGCUGUAGUCAUGUCAAGGCUCAGCUGGAGAAAGAUCUACUUCUGAGGCACUCACGUGGCGGUUGAGUGGAUUCCCAGCCAUCGGACUGAGGGCUUCAGUCCUUCACUGGCAUUUCAGAUAACCCCUCAGAUUCUGGUCGUGUGUGCUUUUCCAACAUGGCAGCUUGCUUCUUCAAAGCGUGUAAGCCUAGAAGGUAAUGGAGAGGCCAACAAGACAGAAGCCGCAGUCUUUUGUAACCUAAUCGUGGGAGUGCCAACCCAUCACUUGUGUCUCAUCUAUGCAGGAGGAGCAAGUUAUUUGCUUCAGCCCACACUGAAGGGAAAGAGAUCACACAACCAUCUUUGAGGGUCAUCUUUGCAAACUUUCUACCAAGACUCGACGUGACUGCUCCGCUAACAGCUUCUGUUGCUAGGAGCAUGUUCUAUAGAAGAUCCUGCCUUUGGCAUCACCUCAGGGAGAAAGGUGGACCCCUUUCUUGGGAGAACCCCAAGAAAGAUGAGAUUAACUCUUCUGCCGGGCUGACCCCCUGGGGCUUUGCACCCACACUCUUUCCACUACCCAAUGCACCUCAGUAUUGUUGGAACAUAUUUUUUUUUUUAUCAUUUACAAUAGCAGAGACUUGUAGGGACCCACCGACAGCAGGAAAUUCUUUGAGCUCAACUAAAAUGUAAAUAUAAAAUGUAAAAUACCACCCAGGGAGUUUCCUGGAAAGCUCAACCUUUGGUGAAUCAACAUAUUGCCACGACGGACAUUUUCAUAAAAUCCAGCUCUUGGUAUGGAAUAAAAUUCUGAAUCUAAUAGCAUCCGUGCAUUAUCGCCAAUAAACUGAGUCGAUUUGGACAGAGCACAACUAUGCAGUACUCAUGUUGGAAAGGACCAGAAGACGACAAGCAAGAAGUGUUUGAGAAGUGUUCUCCAGAAGUUUCUCUUAUGUUCUUACAGCUCGGUGUGACGAGGUAGCUCAGAAAAGCAUCCCUCGAGCGACCAUGAUGUAUCCAGCUGGCCCGAUCUGUGGGCCGCACCUCACCUGUCGCUGGUCCAGAAGACUGGAGGUUUCACCAUCCUCCUGGGCGUGAAUGCCACUGAUGUGAGCCCAACAGGAAGUGUGACCUCAUUCUGCUUCUCAGUCUCUGGUGACACAGGCUGUUUUUGAAAGAAAACAAGAGCGGUUAUCAGGCUGACUUUCUCAAGAACGACAUGCCCUUUUAUUCUAGGAAACAACCAAAACAGCAAAAGGCCGCUGAAGACAAAACCUCUCUGCACACUCCUGCACACGCCGACAGCCUGCUGAAUCCUGGAUUUCUCCACCGUCAGCCACAGGAAGCUUCAUCCUUCAGUAAUUCUCCUCUUCAUCAGUGGGAAGAGGAAACUGGGAGCUCCCUUUGGAAGGAACACAAAAUCUGUGAAGUUUGAACAAGCAGCCUUCCCAAGAUGUACCGAAUAUCUCAACUGAUGUCAACACCAGUGGCAAGUAAAUGUUCUUCAGGCUCUGAGAGAAGAUGCACCGGAGAGCCGCCUCCCAGAUGCCUUUUCCUAACUUUCGCCUGCGAUUUCCUGGAUGGUGACAGUUCCUUUGAAGGCUGCUCUGCAGCUCUCUUGACGGGCUCCCACGUUACCUGUCGCCGAAGUCCCAGACUCCUCUCCAAUGGCUACUAUGUUUGGACAGAGGACCCUUUCCUCUGUGACAAAGAUGGCAACAUAACUCUGAGCCCACCCCAGGCCAGUGUUCUUUACAAGGAGAAUUUAGUUAGGAUAUUUAGAAAGAAAAAGAGAAUCCGCCCUUCCUUUCCUAAUCUCUUCAGCCUUGGUGCCUCUAAAUCCUGGCAGCAUGGAAAUAUCUUUGGUGAUGUUGACUCUUCCCUAAGUGAGGACACCUGGUUGGAGGGGGUCGGGGGGCUGGACACGCACCAUUGCAACGACAUCGCCGUGGCAUUUAGCGGCUUCCCAGACCCCGAGGCUGCAGUUUGGGAGACAUUCCCAGAGGCUGUGAGUCACACGGAAAGAAGAUAAAGCUUUCGUGCAGGGAGGACUGAUCAGGACUGCCCGCUUCGCUUCUGCCAGUCCCAGGAAAGAAAGGCAAGACAACCACGGGCAGGGCUUCCCAGCUUGAGGUCUGUGAUUUUUUUCCAGAGCGCAUGCCUCUCCUAGAAAUAUCUUUGAUGACAACAUCUGUACGUGGCUUUGUGUUUCCCUCCACGGCAAACAAUAAUGCCCAUUUUACAUGCAAACGUAGGGAAAUAUGCUUGGAAGAAACAGACCCUUUGAAAACAGAAGGAAGCUGGGGGCGCCUGGGUGGCUGGCUCCUUCAGGUCAGCGUUUGGCUUCGGCUCAGGUCACCAUGUCCCCGUUUGAGAGUUCGAGCCCCGCAUCGGGCUCUGUGCU